AUGUUAGCGACGCCUGCCUCCCCGCCCCGGCCUGAGCGUUUGCCUGUUGGUCCACGAGUCAUCGCUGCCUGUCCGCCUGUGGAUCGUUGCCUGCACAUGGUAUUACAGGGCGCCCGCUCUGGGCAGCGGGCAGCAGCCCUUCCCUGCAGUGGGCAGCAGCCCUUCCCUCGAGGAGAAGCCGGGAGGGAAGAGCAGGCAGGGCCCCAGGGAUCGCAGGCAGCGGACCUGGGCGGGAAGAGGGCCACUAUUUCCUUAGCCAAUCCCGAAGUCUCCGUACUAAACUACCACUCUGCACUCCACCAGCCCUCGGCGGCACCCAUGGCAGCAGUGGCCCAGCGCAGCAUGCCCCUGCAGACCGGGACAGCUCAACUUUGCGCCCGGCCCGACCCCUUCCAGCAGGCUCUCAUCGUGUGUCCCCCCGGCUUCCAAGGGUUGCAGGCCUCUCCCUCAAAGCAUGCUGGCUACUCUGUGCGGAUGGAGAACGCCGUGCCCAUCGUCACGCAAGCCCCAGGAGCUCAGCCCCUUCAGAUCCAGCCAGGUCUGCUUGCCCAGCAGGCCUGGCCCAGCGGGACCCAGCAGAUCCUGCUUCCCCCCACAUGGCAGCAGCUCACAGGCGUGGCCACCCACACGUCUGUGCAGCACGCAACUGUGAUUCCUGAGACCAUGGCAGGCACCCAGCAGUUGGCCGACUGGAGGAACACGCAUGCCCAUGGCAGCCAUUACAAUCCCAUCAUGCAGCAGCCUGCGCUGCUGACAGGUCACGUGACGCUGCCGGCGGCCCAGCCCCUGAACGUGGGUGUGGCCCACGUGAUGCGGCAGCAGCCCACCAGCACAGUCUCCUCCCGGAAGAGCAAGCAGCACCAGUCGUCAGCGAGGAACGUGUCCACCUGCGAGGUGUCCUCCUCUCAGGCCGUCAGCUCCCCGCAGCGGUCCAAGCGCGUCAAGGAGAACACGCCCCCGCGUUGCGCCAUGGUACACAGCAGCCCGGCCUGCAGCGCCUCCGUCACCUGUGGGUGGGGCGACGGUGCGUCCAGUAGCACCCGGGAGUGGCAGCGGCAGACGAUUGUCAUCCCCGACACUCCCAGCCCCACGGUCAGCGUCAUCACCAUCAGCAGUGACACAGACGAGGAGGAGGAGCAGAAGCACGCCCCCACCAGCACCGUCUCCAAGCAAAGGAAGAAUGUCAUCAGCUGCGUCACGGUCCAUGACUCCCCCGACUCCGACUCCUCCAGCAACAACAGCCCCUACUUGGGGGGGCAGCAGCGGGCCGGCCACAGCGGCAGCCACGCCUUCGACAGCAAGGGCGGCCUGGACGUCCACUGCCCCGGGAAUCCCCGAACAAUCAUCGUGCCACCCCUGAAGACCCAAGCCAGUGAGGUGCUGGUGGAGUGCGACGGCCUCGUGCCAGUCAGCACCAGCCACCACUCGGCCUUCUACAAGUCCAAGUCCUCCAGCAACGUGACCUCCACCAGCGGUCACUCUUCAGGGAGCUCGUCUGGGGCAAUCGCCUACCGGCAGCAGCGGCCAGGACCACACUUCCAGCAGCAGCAGCCCCUGAAUCUCAGCCAGGUCAGCCCCCCCGGCAGCCCCCGUUCCAGCGCCCAGCAGCACAUCACCACGGACCGCACGGGCAGCCACCGCCGGCAGCAGGCCUACAUCGCUCCUACCAUGGCCCAGGCCCCCUACUCCUUCCCACACAACAGCCCCAGCCACGGCACGGUCCACCCCCACUUGGCCGCCGCGGCCGCAGCCCACCUUCCAGCCCAGCCCCACCUGUACACCUACACAGCACCCGCGGCCCUGGGCUCCACCGGCACCGUGGCCCACCUAGUGGCCUCCCAGGGCUCGGCACGCCACCCUGUGCAGCACACCGCCUACCCAGCCAGCAUCGUUCACCAGGUGCCCGUGAGCAUGGGCCCUCGGGUGCUGCCCUCACCCACCCUCCACCCGAGUCAGUACCCCACCCAGUUCGCCCACCAGACCUACAUCAGCGCCUCGCCGGCCUCCACGGUCUACACUGGAUACCCGCUGAGCCCCGCCAAGGUCAACCAGUACCCUUACUUAUAA